CCAAACCAAACACCAUUCCCCCCCUCCUAUUCUCUUUCCCCCAAAAGUUGGAUGCUUUCCUCCGAUUCCGACCGGUUCCCCCACCGUCCGCGCCACCCGGAAUUGCCACGCUGAGGUGCGACAGGCUGCAGAAAUGGCUGCGUCUGGCGAAUUCAAGAACAAAAGCGAAUUGAGAGUUUUUGAGAGUACGGAUGAGCUGGCCACGGAUUUGGCCGAGUACAUAUCGCAGCUGUCGGAGAAUUCCGUGAAGGAGAGUGGAUGUUUUACUAUUGCUUUAUCUGGAGGAUCCCUUAUAAGUUUCAUGGGGAAACUCUGUGAAGCUCCGUAUAGCAAGACCGUUGAUUGGACGAAGUGGUAUGUGUUUUGGGCUGAUGAGCGUGCAGUAGCAAAGAAUCAUGUGGACAGCAACUAUAAACUCACGAAGGAUGCCUUUCUCUCUAAGGUAUCAAUUCUCAGCAGCCAUGUGUUCUCCAUAAAUGAUCAUGUAACAGUAGAAGAUGCAGCAGGAGAGUAUGAAUUUGCCAUUCGCCAGCUGGUGAAGAUUCGGACUGUAGGUGUUUCUGAAAGAAACGACUGUCCAAGGUUCGACCUUAUCCUCCUUGGCAUCGGACCCGAUGGACAUGUUGCUUCACUAUUCCCCCAUCACCCAGCCCUUGAACUGAAAGAGGAAUGGGUUACCUACAUCACCGAUUCUCCCAAGCCGCCACCCGAGAGGAUUACCUUCACGCUCCCCGUGAUCAACUCAGCUUCCAACAUCGCAAUAGUGGCUACGGGCGAGGAGAAGGCCAUGGUGGCAAACCUUGCUAUUGCCGGCACCAACGAAAACUCUGAUUCCUCUUCUUUGCCUGCAAGGAUGGUUCAGCCAACUGAUGGGAAACUGGUCUGGUUCUUGGAUUCAGCAGCUGCCUCAGCACUCGAGGUCAGUAAUGGUGGUUCCAAAGAUGCCAUGUGAUGGUUGUAGGGUCCAGGAAAUGUGUCUUGUGUAGAUCAAAACUUCCAAGAUAGAUGUUUCUCUUUUCCUCUUGGUUGUUUGAAUAUUUUGUUUCUCACGAGCAUAGUUGUGGUGGAGAGGGAGUUUAAUUGCUGCUUGGUUUCUGAUGAGGGAGGGAGGGGGUUCUUUGCAGAAGAUAAUAAAUUGGUGUUUCUGUUCAAGGAUACAAAGUGAGUUUUUUCUAUGUAGAGAUUGAGGAGGAGAGGAGGGAUGGUGAAUUCGUCUUAUCGAUGUCAAUAUGCUGUUACCUGUUGUGGAUUUUUUUCUUUUUUUGUGAAUGUUACAGUAAUUUCUUAGUUUUUGAUCAUCA